AAAAAAAAUAAAUAAAAGAAGACGAAAAAGGAAAUCGUCGUGCGGCGUCCGCUCGUCGUCGACUCGCGAGUUCGGCCGCCGCCACCGCCGCCGCCGCCGCCGCCGAUCCCCAUCCAUCCCGCGAGCAAGCAAGGGCGCAGGCAUCCUGAUCCGCCCCUGGGCUUGGCUAGCACAACAUUUUUUAGUGGGGGAAGGAAGGGAAAGGAAUCGGUGGGUGGAUCGAUGCGAGCGUUCGCGCGAAAUCUGGCGGCCAUCAUCCCUCUCGCGCGCUGCAAUGCGACGGCGACGACCGCGGCGGCGCCGUCCUCCCUCGUCCUCAAGGUCGGCGACACGCUGCGCGAGCGGCGGCGCUUCACGGAUGGGGAGGUGGAAGCGUACGCCGCGGUGAGCGGCGACCGCAACCCGGUGCACCUCGACGACGCCUUCGCCCGCCAGGUGGGAGGGUUCGGCCGCGGCCGCGUCGUGCACGGCAUGCUUGUCGCCUCACUCUUCCCCGCCCUCAUCGCCGCCCACUUCCCUGGAGCCGUGUAUGCGAGGCAGUCGCUCAAGUUUGCGGCACCGGUGUAUGUCGGCGACAAGGUUCUUGUGCAGGUUCAGGCGCUGCACAUCAGGGCCUCCACAAAACACAUUGUCAAAUUCGGAACCAAGUGCUUCACGAGUGACAGUGAUGACCUCCUAGCUGUCGAUGGUGAAGCUAUGGCUGUGCUCCCCUCGCUUUACCUCAGACAACAACUGAACCAAGUGCCUCCCAUCGUUGAUUAAAGACUGGAAGCAUCGUCAGGAGUGGGACAAUAUGUGAUUUAUGUUCUUUUGGGUCUGUAGAUGCUUUGACAAGAUAGGAAGGCUAUAUGUUGUUUUGCUGUUCUCGGUAGUAGCUGGCUCCCUUGUUAAGCUGGAAUUCCCAGCCUUCUGUACUUCAUCAAACCUUUAUUCCGUUUCCAAUAGAACCUGGGGUAAAUCCCGUUAUAAAAAAAAAGGGUACAUCACUGAUGGUAGCACUGGCUAGUAACUCUCAGUGCACUCCAUUACUCUAAAUAGAAGUCCCAUGGUUUGGGUCCUUUGUUGUUAAAACAUUUAUAAUGUCUCAUGAUUUAGUCAGACAGCAUCUUCAAAACUGAGCUUGCAGAGCAA